AUCCAUUCGAUAACGAAGGGAGGCGCGGAGGAGAGCGACGAGCUCUCGACGAGCGCGUGUACACCUUUGUGUAUACAUCAGGGAAUUCGUCAUAGGUUAGCAAGAUGCAAACGCGCGUUUGGUAGACACGAAGUCCCUUUAUCUACGGAGGACACCGCGGAUAACGUAACGAUGGUCUCGUCCGCAAUCUGGAGACGGUCGUUCGUGAGUGAUCAAUUGGUGCGACAUGAACGUAUCUCUCUGUGAGCACGGUCUGAAAAUCGGUGAACACGGCGCGCCAGGCAAGAGUAUCGUGAGAAUCUGGUAAGCGAGGAGCUUGUAUUGUCCGCAGAAAGGACCACGAGAGCCUUAAGCCUUAGUAUCGUUCUGCUGAGGAUCGCGAGAGCUUUCGUCAUCCAUUGAGAGAGGAUCGCGAGAGUUUCAAGGAUAUAUAAGGGUUAUACUUGUAAGGCCGCAAGAAGUUUUUUUGAAGACGAGUCUCGGGCAUCAAUCAGUGGUGAACAGAAUCGCGUUCUACCGAGGAAAGAAUUUUUAUCGAAAAGGAAACCCGAGAUUAAACGACGAUACGAGGUAUGAUGGGGAGAUGAUGCUAAAAAAUGUACCGGGAGAUAAACGUGAAGAUUUAUCUUCAUUGUUCAUUGGCAAGGGACUGGUACCAUUCGUCCGAAUGUGACAAUCUCGUGAACUUAUACGCCGUAUUCAAGCAGGAUUCACAAAGGAAGUGAAAAAUGUGUACAACGUGGGCAGGGUAAUGUGGAUGAAUGUUAGUGUCCUCUCUACUGAUCCUGCGUGGUAUCUGCUAUAACAUGAGAUGGAGGACUCGUGAGAGGUGCGGCGCGAUCAGAUUCUGUCACUCGAUCGCCCAGCCAUACGUGAUUCGGUCAAGGAGAACCUCGACGCGUCGCGAACGUCGUCGUUCCCGAGGUCGGGUGCAUCGUCAUCGAUCCGGAAGAGGAGGCUGACCGAUCGUCGGUACCGACAGACUGGCGGCCCCCUGGAACCUACACCGGGUGUACGGAGGGUGUCCAAUCGAUUCGGAGGGAGCACGACCUUCGAGUCACGUGCACUACCGACCGACCGACCGACCGAAAGUUAAUGAUACGAGCGGCCGCCGCGUACGUGAGGGAUUCGAAGCUCAGGGAAAAUCCUCGGCUGGAAGGAAGGAAGGAAGGAAGGAAGCAAGCGAAGAUUCGUCGUCCUUGAUCCUCCGCGCGAUGCCCGCGAUGGAUGCAUUUAUUUGCCGGCCGUCCGAGAAUAAUCCCGGCUUACCCUCGCUCCAUUCCGACUCCACGGGUCGCGUGGUACCACCCUGUAGAACGAAGUUACGAUAGCGCCCGAUGCCAGGGGAUGCAGAAUCGCGAAGGGUCUAGCUAUCUAUAUGCCGUUAGUGACUGGUACUACCGAGUGCACAACACUUGGAGAACCGUUCGGCAGCAGCAGCAGCAGCAGCAGCAGCGGCGGCGGUGGCGGUGGCGGCAGCGGCUGGUCGAUAUUGGCAGUCAAUGACGCUGGCGUUCUAAUUUUACCGCGAUGUAACCAUCGCGCGCCGAUGGCGAUCGCACGGAAGAGAACUCGCGUUUUCCGCUCGAUUCGUCGUGGCUCGUGGACGGCGAGCCGGCCAAUCGAUACCGUCGCCCGACGUAGAAAAUUCCGCCUUCCGAAACGCGCCGCGGCGGCUCCUCCUCGACGUAAUAGGGACAGUUUACGCUCGUACGAGGCGUAACACGUCCCCGCGCCAUAUGGCGCCGGUAUAUCGCAUAUAGAUUGCAACGCCGUCGCCCCGCAAACGGGGAUGUCCCUCGCUCGCGUUUUCUAGAUCGGCCGCCACGAUUUUAUGCUAAUCGGGCCGGAUGGAUUGCGAUAAAGGGAGCCCUCGAUCGAUUCGCGGACUUUUCUACGAAAGGGGAGAUUUUGUAUUCAGAGCGACACCGUCGAUCGGGGAGACGUGACGUGCACGACCGAGACUUUAACGCACGCAAUUAUAAAACAUUAGCAUCGAUUGCUAUCGCGGGGGGACUGUGCUAGGCGGCCGCAACGAGAUUGUUGAACGUUAGCUUUCGGCUUGUCAUUUGGACUACCUCAUUUUCGCGGGGCAAAGGUUUGUUUAAAGGGGACUAACAUCGAGAGGGAGACGAAAAUUGGAGAAUCCGACGGCGAUACGAUUCAAGGAAACGGCAGUAACGUUUCUAGAGAGUCGUAAUAAAGAUUAAUAGAGCCGCGAGGGACGUACACGCGCCUUGAUUCUCCAAGAACUGAGUAUUCGACGGAAGGAAGUCAAGGGGAGGAUUCCGAUACGAUCAAGUAUCGAGAGUACCGGAGGAAUACCCGAUAACGGUAUCGGUAGCCGUUUAUUUUUACAGAUCUACGUGAGGCAAAUAAAGGGAUAAGGAUCGCCUAAAAAUUGAUGAAAAACCGAUAGAUGAGAGCGAGAUAUACUCUCGGAGCGGAGAACGGACGCUCCGCGCUCCGGUAAGCGAUAGAGGGAUUUAUCCCGCGCGAAGGCGCGGGUGACUUUGCCAUGACGUUCGGCGAAUCCUUGGCGAGCACGACGGGAAAGAGUACGAAGUAAAGAGUUACCGUUGCUCUCUCGUUGCAUUCGAUGCGCAUGUCCAGUGCCUUGACUACCGGGACGUCUAUACCUUCGUCGGCGUCGCGAAGCGCUCGGGAAAGCGACACACAUAUCAAAGUUUUACCGCGUAUUCGCGAUAAAGUCGCGCUUCGCCCAUCGCCGUGAUAUCGUCGCGCGAGAUCGGCGAGUCGCUGUCGAGUGUACGCCAACAAGUGCGAAAGUAAGAGAGAACAAGCACUGACAGAGAGAGAGAGAGAGAGAAAGAGAGAGAAACACAGUGCGCGAGGAGGCGAGAGGAGGAUCUUCUUCGCGCACCAAAUUACAGAGGCAAAGGAGGAAACGCGGGCGCUCAAAAGCAAAUACAAGAAGGAGACAAAGGGAGAUCGUUUUUAUUAUUAUAUAAUCGUAUUAUAAGAUCGGCUGUGCUGCUAUUUAAUCAGAGCUUAACCGUACGCGUGGGCGCGCGCGCGCGUGCGCUUCGUCGGGCUUUUUAUUUCCGCUCGGGAAUCGGCUGUGCUGUUAAUUAAUCAGAGCUUAAUAUACUUAGCGUCGUGUUACCGCGUAGUGUUCGCUCGUAAGCAUCGGGGACACCCGGCCGAGAGGGAAGGAGAGAAAGGAUAGGAAGCAGAACUUUCGGCGACUUCUUCGACUAUUUUUGCUACAUGCUCUUUUCUGAUCGCUUGUUUACGACGAUCGUUCGCCGCGAGGCCGCGACCGAGUCGUUUCCGAAUCACUCUGCCGAGAUCGGGCUGCAAUUGGCGAGAUAAUUCCUCUCCCGUGCCGCUCCCCUCCCGUCCGAUUUUCACCGACUGCCGCCACGGUCGGCCGGGGCCGACGUUUUGGCUUUUGGAAAUUUACGUAACUUCAUCGAGCAACGAAAUCCCGCGGCCCUGUCGCACACCGUGCGAAUCGAUCGCCGACACACCGGAGACGGACAAUCUCACGUCGUCGUCUGCGAUCGAUCGCCUGCUGUUUGUUUCCGGACUCCGCGGCGGACAGUGCGUCGCCGGACGGAAAAAAACAACCCUAAAUCUCAAUCCUCCAAGAUCGGGGAGAAGGAAGUUCCGACGAGAAAUCGGUCCACUUGCAUGUGCGCGCGCGUGUCUCGAUACGUAACUUCGGAUGUAUCUGUCUACCUGCCGGUAUAGCGGGAACAACAGCAGCAGCAGCAGCAGCAGCAGCAACAGCUCACAGAAAAUGAUAGUACAGACGUGACAGAAGAGGCUCAAUGUUCCUCGGCGAUUCCGAGUUUCACGGGAUCGCCGCAAUUCUCGCUCAACGUUACUCUCGAUAGCCCGUCGCUGGCAUACGUCGCCGCUCACAGAGACGAUUUCGAGCAUGUCGUUCCGUACGAUCCUGCGAAAGUGCAUCGAGAAGACCCGCCGCAUAAUCGUUCACGCGCUCAAGAGAUGAACCGUCGCCGACGUGCCAACCAUAAUCGCGAAUCGUCGCGAAAUACGCGGAUUAUCGGCGCGCCCGUAGGCGAAGGAUGCCGAAGCUGAUUCGUACCACGGGCACGGAUUGAUCGAAAACGGGGAUUUCGGAGAAACUGGCGUCGAAGGCAAUCGAGAGCGGACCUUCUGCGCGGCCAUGACCAAGUACGGAUUCGCGAGGCUGGCUCUAUGGCGACCGAGGCGCUCCAUGACCUCGCAACCGUCCAACAACCAGGAAAACAACCCUCUAAUGGAGGGCGAGGGCGGCGGCGGCGUUGGCGGCCGUUCUGUGACCGGCUCGGGUGGCGGCGGUGGUGGAGGCGGCCGUCGGGCACCGAGCCUAAGGCUGGUGAACGGUAGGGCGACCACGGGGGUGAGUUUGCACACCAGCAGCACCGAAUCCGUGCGCUCUCCUCAUCACCAGCUCGGCCAGCAGGUCGGCAACAACAACUGCCACGCCGGUAACAACCCCGCCGCGAACAAUCUUCCACGGCUCAACAAAGAUGACAGCAUCAAGAUCAGCAUCGAGAACACCAAUACGUGCACGGACAGUCUCGUCACUGCUCUAGACGACGAGACCCUGCUCAUCACCGAUUUCCUAGGCGACACAGGCAACGAGAUGAAUUACAAGGGCAGCGGGAAGGUUCACUUCGGGGUGGACGACGUAUCCCUCUAUGGGACGCCGAAGGAGGAACCGGGCCCGGGCCUCCCGGGCCAGGAGGUCAAGCAGAGCUUCCUGAAGAAUCAGCUUCAGGCCCUGUUCCAGCCGACGGACAACAAGCUGGCCAUGAAACUCUUCGGCAGCAAGAAGGCGCUUAUGAAGGAACGGAUCAGACAGAAAACCGCUGGUCAUUGUGUCAUCCAUCCUUGCUCCAAUUUUCGAUUCUAUUGGGACGUCUGCAUGCUCUUCCUACUGGUAGCUAAUCUGAUAAUUCUGCCAGUCGCCAUUAGUUUUUUUAAUGACGACCUAAGCACUAGAUGGAUAGCCUUCAACUGCCUUUCCGACACGAUAUUUCUCGUAGACAUCGUCGUCAACUUCAGGACGGGUAUAAUGCAGCAGGAUAAUGCCGAACAGGUGAUACUGGAUCCGAAGUUAAUCGCGAAACACUACCUCAGGACUUGGUUCUUUCUCGACCUCAUCUCCUCCAUACCACUAGACUACAUUUUCCUCAUAUUUAAUCAAUUUCAGGACUUCAGCGAGUCCUUCCAGAUCCUGCAUGCUGGACGUGCUCUCAGGAUUCUCAGGCUUGCAAAACUGUUAUCACUCGUUAGGUUACUACGUUUAUCAAGACUGGUGCGGUAUGUCUCGCAAUGGGAAGAGGUCUAUAUCCCCCUUUAUCAACAGCCGGAGAGGCACUACGAGCGUCGGGCGACACCGCCCCAACCAGACCGAACCAGCAAGAUAUUGCAGAACCUACAAAAAAAACGCACUGAGCGGAGGGGGCGCCUAAGUUCUGACAAUAUGACUAAAAAGAAGUCCGGUUUCAGCAAAAGCGAACUUAUUUUUAAGUUCCUGAAUAUGGCGUCGGUGUUCAUGCGGAUUUUUAACCUGAUCUGUAUGAUGCUCCUAAUCGGCCAUUGGAGUGGCUGCCUGCAAUUCCUGGUCCCCAUGCUUCAAGGAUUUCCCAGUAAUUCAUGGGUGGCCAUUAAUGAGUUACAAGACUCGUUUUGGCUGGAACAAUACUCGUGGGCCCUCUUCAAAGCCAUGUCGCACAUGCUGUGUAUUGGAUACGGUAGGUUUCCACCACAGUCCUUGACCGACAUGUGGCUCACUAUGCUCAGCAUGAUCAGCGGUGCGACAUGUUACGCUCUUUUCCUCGGACACGCGACGAAUCUCAUUCAAUCUCUCGAUUCCUCGAGAAGACAAUACCGCGAGAAGGUGAAACAAGUAGAGGAAUAUAUGGCCUAUCGAAAACUACCGAGAGAAAUGAGACAGAGGAUCACGGAGUACUUCGAACACCGGUAUCAAGGAAAGUUCUUCGACGAGGAGCUGAUCCUUGGAGAGCUCUCGGAAAAAUUGAGAGAAGAUGUGAUAAACUACAACUGCAGAUCGCUAGUGGCGUCCGUACCCUUCUUCGCCAACGCCGAUUCGAAUUUCGUCUCGGAUGUCGUAACGAAACUCAGAUACGAAGUCUUCCAGCCAGGUGAUAUCAUCAUUAAGGAGGGUACAAUCGGCUCGAAAAUGUACUUCAUACAAGAAGGCAUAGUCGAUAUCGUGAUGGCGAACGGCGAAGUCGCGACCUCGUUGUCGGACGGGUCUUACUUCGGCGAAAUCUGUCUGUUGACGAACGCGAGGAGGGUGGCGUCGGUCCGAGCGGAGACCUACUGCAACCUCUUCAGCCUCUCGGUAGACCAUUUCAACGCCGUACUGGACCAGUAUCCCCUAAUGCGCAGAACGAUGGAGAGCGUUGCCGCCGAGAGGUAUAAGCUUUGGCUAAACAAAAUCGGGAAGAAUCCUAACCUGGUGGCUCAUCGCGAGGAAGAUCUUGGCAGCGAAUCAAAAACGAUAAAUGCCGUAGUAAAUGCACUCGCGGAGCAGGCCGCGCAUGCCAGCGCCAGCGAGGAAUCAGUACACAGUAUGGAGCUCAGAAUGCUGCCGGGUUGCCUCUUGCCCAGACCAAAGUCUGAAAACAAUUUCGCGAGCCAAGAACUUACGAGGGAAGGACGAAGAAUCUUUCACAAAAGCGACACUUUCCACAAAGAUUCGUAUCAAUGA